AUGAGCUCUUACCAGUACGAGCAGCCCAUGGACCACGGGAAUGUCUCCGACGGAGAGCGCGAUGGUGGCAAGCCCAAAGUGCCGCGUCGGACGCCGAUGGCGUGUCAGUUCUGUCGAGGACGGAAGCUCAAGUGCGACGGUCGGCCGACCUGCGCCAACUGCCAGCGCCGGACCAUCCCGUGCGUUUACGUCCCUGUGUACGUCCCCCCCGUCCCGCGCCUCCGUCCGCGCCUCUCCCGCUCAUUCGUCCUCCGCCCGGGAAGCACGCCCCAGAAGUAG